AUGAAUAUUGAUUACGAUAAUAUUUACAAAUUCAAAACUUUGGCUUUAAAACUCAACCAAUGUCAUCCAGAUAUUGAAAAAAACAAAAAAUGGAUGAUCAUGUUCACCAUCAUGCAUUGUUUAUUUUCCAUAAUAUUUUUAAUUGUAGUGUACAACGUUUUCUACGUUGAUCUUAAAUAUGGUGACUUUUCCAAACUAUGUAAGGAUUGUGCUCUGAUCGUUGUAUAUUUGGAAGUUACUUUUAACUCCUUGGUAUUUAUUCGGAGCCAGAACUCACUAAAAUAUCUUAUAGAUACAAUGAAAAAUGAUUUUAAUGUGGCUAACUCACUAAAUGCCGAAAAACAGGAAAUUGUUAUGAAAAAUGCUCUACAUGGGGCUUGGAUCGAUAACAUUUGGUUGGUCAUUUCCGUUGGUGGUGGAUGUUUUUUUAUGUUAGGAAAUGUGAUAGCAAAUAUACAUAGUUAUUCAAAAGGAAAUUUCGAAUUAGUGCCUCUCUUUGAUUUUGAGUACCCGGAAUUCGUAAAUGCUGAUGAUACGGUAGAAUUUAUAAUCAAUUACGCAUUGCUAACACCGUUUCUGGCGUACUCAGCAUUAAUGUUCGCAUCAUUCGUGGCUUUGGGACCAUCUUUCAUUCUACACGCUUAUGGACAGCUAGAGCUGUCGAUAAGAGAAGUUGAAAACCUUUUUGCUGUAGACGGCAGAGACCUGAGGGCAAAAAUGAAAAGUAUUGUUCAGAAGCAACAAAACAUUUACCGGUAAGAAUGUUUGUACAUAGAGACCUUUGUAGCGUUGCUUUGGGUUCUGAUUUCUCUUUUCCUUGAACCUAGAUUAAGCUGAUGCGGUUUUUGUGUAUAUUUUCAGUUUUGUUGACAAUAUCAAUGACACG